ACGAACACAGAGACUCGAGGCUGGAGCUUUGCCCAAGGGCUCUCUAAGACACAGACCAGACAGGACAUCUCUUCACACAUGUCUCUUCAGUCAGAGGACCUCUCGUGCCCCGUGUGCCAGGACAUCUUCAGGGCUCCGGUGGUCCUGUCCUGCAGCCACAGCUUCUGUAAGGACUGCCUGCAGACCUGGUGGUCUGAGAGGGAAGUGCCAGAAUGUCCUGUGUGUAAGAGAAGGUCCUCUCGCAGCGAACCCCCCUGUAACCUGGCUCUGAAGAAUGUGUGUGAGGCAUUCCUCCAGGACAGAGAUCAAAGAGCUUUGGAGGAGAACCUUUGCAGUCUUCACGCUGAGAAGCUGAAGCUCUACUGUCUGGACCACCGGCAGCCCAUCUGUCUGGUCUGCAGAGACUCCAAAACUCAUGCUGGACACCGCUUCAGACCAGUCCAGGAGCUUGCAAGCGAGAACAAGAAGGACCUGCGGAAGCUGGUGGAGCCGCUAGGAGACCAGCUGAAAGUCCUCAGAGACAUCCAAGGACACUACAAGGAGAUGUCCGAGCACAUCUUGGUCCAGGCAGAGGAUUCAGAGAGAAAGAUGAGAGCGCAGUUCCAGAAGCUCCACGAGUUCCUGCUGGAGGAGGAGGACUCCAGAGUCCAAGCACUGAGGCAGGAGGAGCAACAGAAGCGCCAGCUGAUGGACGAGAAGCUUGCAGCUCUGGGGAGAGACAUUGAGGAACUCUCCAGCAGCCUGGAGGCCUUGGAGGACGAGCUGAAGGCUGAGGACGUCUCCUUCCUACUCCGGUAUAGAGCAGCUGUGGACGCAGCCCAGCUGCACCCCCUGGUGGACUACCCAAAGCUCCAGCCUGGCUGUCUGAUAGAUGUAGCCAAACAUCUGGGCAACCUGACCUUCAACACCUGGACCAGGAUGAAGAGCCUGGUGACUUUCACCCCAGUGGUCCUGGAUCCAAACACGGCCAAUCCUGCCAUCCAGCUCUCGGAAAACUUGACCAGCCUGAGUCACGGCGAGCGGCAGAAGCUUCCGGAAAACCCAGAGAGGAAAGACUACCACCGCUCGGUCCGAGGCGCUGAGGGCUUCAGCUCUGGGAUGCACAGCUGGGACGUGGAGGUCGCUGAUAACAAUGCCUGGUUUGUGGGUGCGGCAGCGGUCUCGGUCAAGGAGAACAUCAAGACCGGGUUCUGGCAGUUGGAGUUCUACAAUGGCAAGUACGUGGCUCGGUCGCUGGGAGACACGCCGAUACUUCUGAGGGUGAGGAGGAACCUUCAGAGGGUCCGUGUUCAUCUGGACUGGAACAAAGGAAGACUGUCCUUCUAUGACCUGGACCUGAACGUGCACGUUCACUCCUUCACACACGUCUUCAGCCAGAGUGUGUUCCCGUGUUUCGGCACGUUGAGCGAACCACCGCUGAAGAUUAUCCCCGCAAAAGUCUCUGUGACGAGGGACUCGUAGCGCCAUGAGUCACAUGACUUGAACACUCAUAAUUCCAGUGUUGUAUGAUCUGGAGCCAGCAGGGGGCACAAAACUCUGGAUUCCACUGCUAAGCUUUUGGACGUUGAGACGUGAACUUAAAUGCUUGUGUGUUUCAUUUUCUCAUGUUGUGUUUGUAACAGUAAAGCGCUGAGUGAUUCUCAUAAGUCAGUGUCUCGUUAAAGCUGGAAUAAUAUGAAAAAGAAAGGUGCCAAAUAUCCGACAGAACUGCUCAGGGUUAUGUGAACA